AUGAGCACCGCCGCAGCCCCGUUCGAUGUCGUCUCGAACGUCGGUCCUCUGUUCUUUGCGGGGAUCUUCGACUCGAUACUUCUUGGCGUGCUAAUAACGAAGAUAGCCUCCUACUUCAGCGCUCCGAAGAGGGACCCGACGUGGAUUCGUCUCCUGGUCGCUGCCGUACUCGUCACUGAGUGCGCGCAUACAUUCCUCAACGUCGGGUCUGUGUACAUACCCUUCGUUGCUGGCUUCGGUAACUACAUAGGACUUCUGUAUGCGAACUGGGCUUCCGAAGGAGCUCCACUCACGACUGGCAUCGUUGCUGGGCUUGUUCAGUGGUUCUUUGCCUGGCGCAUCUGGAUUCUCUCCGGCAACAAGUUGAUCGUUGGACUCAUCACAUUUUUCUCAAUCGUACAAGUCUUGGGUUCCAUCGGCACGCUGAUUGCAGUGAUUCGUAUCCCGUUCUCGCUCGAUUUCUACAAGUUCCAGCCGAUUGUUAUCACUUGGUGCAUUGGUGCCGUGACGUCAGACCUGCUCAUCACUACCACGCUCGUUUACUACCUUAAAGUCCGGAAGACCGGCGUUGCCUUCACGGACACCCUCAUCGACAAAAUCUCGCGCCUGAUGAUCCAGACGAACCUUCUCACGUUCAUCUGGAACAUCAUCGACCUCAUCCUCUACCUGCGCGUCACGACCACCGCGCACCUCGUCUUCAACCUGACGAUCACGAAAAUCUACUCACUCUCGCUCAUCGUCUCGCUCACGUCCCGCGAUACCUGGAAGAACGAGUCCCCGUCCUCCAACGUGCACUCCCUCUCCGGCACGACCGCCUCGAUCCCGCACAUCCGCCAGGGCCCGACCGCGCUCAUGAUGCGCUCCCAGGACAGCCGCGGGGGCGCGCCGGGCGGCAAGAUCUACAUCGACGUCGAGGCGCACGAGAUGGUGCACGUCGACGAAGACGUCAAGUCGCCCGGGCUCGCGGAGAAGCGGGGCUCGCGCUUCAGUCGAGCCACCGACGACGCGGACGUGGAGCGUGGCUUGGGCGGAGGGCCGGCGGUGUAA